AUGGACCCGCCCCCCUCCACCACUAACCCCGCCCACGCAUCCACUUCCUGUCGCAUCACUUCCUGUGUGUCUCCGCACGUGUUUGUAAAAAGCCCAGAUGCCCCGCCACGAAAAAAAACUUUAACCCUGUUCGACCGGCAAGGGGAGGAGCCUCUGUCCCAGGGGGAGGAGCCUCUGUCCCAGUGGGAGAAGCCUCUGUCCAAGUGGGAGGAGCCUCUGUCCCAGUGGGAGGAGCCUCUGUCCAGGGGAGGAGCCUCUGUCCCAGAGGGUCCAGGGGGGGAGCCUGUUGAACAUGAUUUUCGUGGAAACUGUGCUAACGGCGCUAACGGCGGCUACAGCGUCGCCGGACGUCACUCAGUGUCUGUGGAAGUUCAACUGCAGCGACAACGACAAGACGAGAGGCAGUACAGCUCCCUGCCCAGGCAGCCUCGGCGUCGUGAGCUCAGUUCUGUUUCUCAGGACGGUUGUUGGUCGAGUGUUUUUCCCGGAGACUCGUUCCAGUCGGCGAAAGAAAAUCCUCGUUAUUCUUCGUACCAGGGCCCCCGGAGCGCCGCCGCCGCCGCCGCCGCCGGGCUCCACGCCGCCGCCAGGGCCAACGGGCACCAGCGCGGCAACGGGUACGCGGGAGGGGGCGUGUCUGCGGCGGUGGUGGGCGGAGCCGUGAACGCCCGCGUGCUGAUCGAGGCUCAGGAGCUGCUGAGGCAGGAGCAGCGGCGCCGCGAGCAGGAGCUCGUCGCCGCCGCCGCCGCCGCGUCCAACCCGGCGUCACCCAAAGGUCCGUUCAGGCAGGACGUCCCGCCUUCGCCCUCGCAGCUCGUCAGACUCACGCGGCUCGGCUCCGAGAAGGGACGACCGUUUUACUCCUGAGGCUCGACGAAGAACGAAGAACGAAGAGCGAAGAA